ACUGCAUUUAUUGUUACUCUACAAAACCCAUCUCAAAAUCAUCUAAACAAACUCAAUCAUCAAAACCAAAGAAAAAUGGCUAGCAUGAGUCUUUCAAUGACCCCAAAAAUAUUGGUAGCAAACAACCCAACUACCAAUAUGGAAACCCCAAUGUUGGGUAACAUGGUCAUGUUCAUGAGGAGAGGUAGGUGUAGCCGGUUGGUGGCGGUUCGCGCUGCACCGGAUAAGCUAUCGGAUAACGUGGAGAAGAGUAUCAAGGAGGCUCAAGAGGCAUGCUCGGAUGACCCGGUUAGCAGCGAGUGUGCCGCAGCUUGGGAUGUGGUUGAGGAAGUUAGUGCCGCAGCUAGCCAUGCUAGGGACAAAGCCAAGGCAACCAAUCCUCUUGAGGAAUUCUGCAAGGAUAAUCCUGAGGAUGAAGAAUGCAGAACUUAUGAUAAUUGAAGUUUUGUACUGGUGUUAUAAUUUGUUUAGUUGUUUUGAUGAUUAUAGGAAGUUUGUUGGCUUCAGAAACUAUUAUGGAACUUUAUUUUAUGUUAUAUAUGACCUUUUGAAGAUAAAAAAAAAUCAAUCAUAAAUUUAUAAUAAGUAUUGGUUAUGUAGAUGCUUUUUUGUAACAAAUCAAUGCUAUUUUCUUUUUCUUUC